UAACUUGCGUCACUGCCGAGCGAAAGCUUCAAGGUACAGAACUGCCUUGCCAACGCACAAACACAAGCAACUCUGAUCGUACUAUUAAUCAGUAAUUAAUGAGGCGCGAUCGAGUCAACAGCUCCACGGGUGCCAACAGCGAAGCAACAAAAACUUGCAACAGCAACAUCUAACGAGUCGAAAGUAGAAGUUACUAAAGGAGUAGAGGAAGGGGAUAUAACUUCUCGAGAAAUUGCAGCACAACUCAGACGAUCUGAUUAGGUACAGCUGAAUCAAGAUCUACGUCGCAACAUGUAAAAGUUACACACAAAUUUCACACCAGUUACAAACGCAGCAACUUUUUGAAAAAGCAGCAACUUUUUGAAAAAGCAGCAAUGGCCAAUGGUUCUUACCGAUUGGACUUAAAGAGAGACGAUGCACGGACACUGAUGCUGAAAAUGGACGCUCGUCUUACAUACGCCGGUCGGGAGCGCAAUGCGGCCUAUCAACUCGAGGGAGAACGAGAGAUAAAGCACAUUGACUACGCUCGCCAUCUGAUCAACGCUGACUUCAAUCGGGAGAAACGUCAGAUUGAGCGACGUCUUGAGUACUUCCAGACUCUCCAGGAACAUAACAAUGACAGACGAAAAAAGAGGGACAUUGCCUGGUGCGAAGAGGAGGAGAAAGACUGGGAACGGCAGGCAAGAGCAGCUAGACGACGAAGGACCCUCCCGAAGAUUAGGGUCCACAAGAACCACAAAGCUGAGGUCGUGGGAUCCAUCCGAAGAGAUCAGAAAAGGCAAUUUGCAAACAAAAUGUCGCAUGAGAUGCAUCUAAACAGGUCUCUGAAUGCGCUGAGUGAUUCAUACGCAAAACAUCAAGCCAUCACGAAACAAAACGAAGGAAUCAUUGAACAACGUAGUGAAAACAGUUUACCCGCUGGACAGAAAGCAGAAACUGGGCAACGUUUACCUUCCAUCAAACCCACAGAGAGCCAAGGAGAGCCUCAGAUAUCCAAAUCCAAGUACGGAAUACCGACACAAACUAUCAGUCUACCGGAGGUGCCAGUUUGCAAAGUGGGGCCACAGAAGAGUUCACUUAGUCAAAUGAUAUCUUCAGGUGAGGUCUGUAAAUUGCCGGACAUGGUGCCAAUCGAAAGGCAUCCAUCCAGUACAAGUGGCCCUCCUCCAAAAUUAAACCUUGCACGGACUUUUUACAUGAACACCAGUUCAAACUCACAAGGGACGAGCACAAAUCAAGAUAUUACAGCCAAGUUCAACCGCAGUAGACGCCGGGUGUCUUUAGUGGACCCUUCGGCCGAUGCGUCUAGCAGACCCACAGCCCACUCCCGCCGCAGAGUUUCAAUUGUGGAUCCAUCUAUUCAGAGUAAGAAGCGUUUGGCUCCAAAUCUGGCCCUUGGUCCGCAUCAGCAGUUGCCUCUCAGAUUUUAUGAGAUAGAAAAUAACCCGUUCCUGAAUGAGAGCGACAAUCCUGAGAUCAACCGUUCGAAUGACCUGAUUCGCGCGGAUAAAAGCGACGAAAUGUACGUGUGGCUCGGGUUCGAUUCAGAGGAAGAAUUUGAGAGGUUGAAAAGAGGCGAGUUGGUGCUCGAGUUUGAUGACGACGAUGGAUCAGACACGAGCAGCAAUGCGGACCAUCAUCUGACUGGCGAACGCCUGCCAGAAUUACACGAGAGUGUUGAUGUAAGGCCUAGCAGAACCCCAGAGGACCUACCAAAACGGACAGAAUCCAAACUGAGCGCCCCGAGAAUACUGAUAGCUUCGGCCGGGGCAAUGGCUGGCAUGAAACCGCUGCAGAAAUUUGCAUCUGCAGCCAAAAUGGUGAUGGUCGUCCGACAGUUUCAGACCAAUGCCAUAAAAUAAUGUACAUGUAUUUCUAAAUGUUUAGGUUAACUGUUUCUUCACAAAACGUCCACCCGAAACAUUGAUUUGGGCUCUGAUGCGUGAAGCAAUCGUGUAGAAAUUCUGUUUGUUGGCAUGAGUAAUGUGAAAUAGCAAUAUAUACUGUUUCAUAAUUAAACUACAUGUAUAAACAACAUACAUCUAUUAUUGUGUUUGAGAGGGGUGACGGGUAGACACAAAAUAACCCAGGAACUUUCGGACAAUAGGGAUGAUAGGCGCUCUUCAAGGCGGUACAAUAUUCGCGCGACGUAAACAAGGGCACUAGUGAAUUAAAGGCGCUCGUGAAAAUGGUACUCGUAAAAAAGGGCAUUUCUUUGAAAAUAUUGCGUUGCAAUAUACAAUUUCAGUCCGUUGACCCACUUCACCGUUCCGAUUUUGCUUCUAUCAGCGUCCCGAUUGUCCGUUUAAUAUCUUCAUCCCGUUCCAAUCUGUCACUCUGCACCCCCUGGUUCCGCUUCUGUUCAUUAUGGACAUUCCUAUUGCAGGAAAACAAGACAAAGCAUACAAAAUUGGACCAGUGGGUGUUCCCGGCUGUAAACGUUUUACGAGUCAAACCUAUUAAUUCCAAUUUUCAAGUUCGUCAAAGAAUAAUUUCACACGCAUUUGGUAAAAUUAAAUUAGUUUUUUAUCAUUCAACUUCACAGCUUUGGCAAUCUAUUAUAAGAACAAGGUCAUAAAAAAGAUAGUCCAAACCGUUGAACUCGUCUCCCCUGUUUCAAAAUGCAAGCAUUCGCAACCCGAAUGCGUCUGGUAAUCACUUUAAUACCACUGUCAAGCAAGUUAGUGUUGUGAGCUUAAGAAUAUUCCUUGUACGUACUCCGCACAAUUCGGCACAUUCCUUCCAUGAUAUCAGACCAAGGUGUAUACUAAACGCAAAGAACAUUACAGUUAUUUAAAGAAAGUGAGCAAAAAAUUGUUGGCCCAUGUCAAUACUAUACAUGGCACACGAAAUAAUAUGCAUGACGAAAUUGAACAAAAUUAUGAUUAAAUGGUUAGGCUUAGACGAAACGAAAGGCCUACGUUUAUAGCCGGGAAAACCUAAACACGAAGCAUGCAAGUAUCAAGUUCCAUCUUUAAAACUUUGUUCGGAUAUUGGAAGAGUUGAAUUGCACCACAAUUUUCCCAGCGACUUAAGGGGUAUAGUUGUUCGAUCAGACGAGCGAGUAAACGCAUCGUUAAGACAGUUGUUCAUAAUACAUGUUUUCACGUCCAAUUUUGCAACUUGUUCAUGCAGUCCUACAAAUUAUGCAUCCAUUUCAGGAUGUUUAGGGAGUCGGUAUAUAUAACGAACAAAAGUUGGCGACAUUUCUGCUAACUUGAUCACAAGUGAAAUCAGACUUGGAUCUGGGAGUAACAUCGGUCUUUUUAAACAGUGUGUUGUCGGCAAAUGUCGGACAUUUUCCUUUAUCAGAUUGACACUUUACAUUUUUAAGAUAGCUGUAUGUUCAAGUGCAUUUUUCAUAAUUCCUUUUCAAUUAUUCGUAUUUCACCUGUAAUAUCUCUACAUAAUUCCUUUCUAAAAAUUUCUCGAAAGUCAUGUUUUGAAAUCUAUUGGUCUCAAGCUAGUUUUGAUUAGAACGAGAAUUAAUAUAGGACGUUACAAUGACGACAAUCUUGCUUGUUUAACUGCAAAUUUCACUGAAUUUGUUUGGUUAACAUACCGGUAAUGCAUACAUUCUCAUGAAAUGAAAUGGAGAAGUAAUUGCUGCCUAUACUUUUAAGGCGUGAAUGGAGAUACCCUGAACUUAUGCUAAAUUGAGUUGAAAAAAACUCGUACAUUUUAAAUUUUACUGAGAAGUUUUGCAUAACCGAGUGACCAAGUUGUAAUAUUGCAUGGGAAAUGGCAACUGGUAUCAUUUAUGCCACUGUAAAAUAAUUUACUCUUUGCCAUUGACGUUUUGUAUUUCGGAAUACAAAGAAUUGUUUAAUAAAUUACCAACGUAUAACAACUGAA